AUGCCUGUGACAAAGGCUGAUUCAUCAGAUGCGAAGAAGAGACAUGCUGAUGCUACAUCUGAGACAUCUGUAAGCCUACCGAGUGGCACAUUCGACAAUAAUUUCGCUCUAUUCUCCGGUGUAUUGGGCACACCCGCAAACGACUCGAAACUACGCAAUGUUGAUAAUGGAGCCUCCACGCUUCUGCUCCAGCAGCCGAGGGAUGAUCGUAGACGUGCCGAAGAACACACUCUUUACAUUUAUGUUGAAGCAUCUGUCAAACUCGGACUCCGACACCUCGAGUGA